UGAACAGAAGUUGUUUUGUCGAGGAAGAGCAGCCGAGCUGAGAAGAUUUCUGAGCACUUCUCGUUUUGCUUCGUUAGGUUAUUUCUUUACACACAAGGCGCGUAUAGAACUGGUAACACUCCGUUUUGUUAGUACUCCUCAAGUGGUUACAAACUGUCCGAAAUGGACCCAUUUACUGAGAAACUUUUGGAGCGGACCCGGGCCCGUAGGGAAAAUCUGCAGAGGAAGCUAGCAGAGCGUCCCAAUGCAGCUAACAGACAGAUGGUCAAAAGGCCGAGGGAGCCUCUAACUGAAUCAAAUAACACCAUCGCUGAUUCUACUGUUGAUAAAGUUCCACAGAUAUCCUCUAAGCCCUCCCCUUCCAAGCGCAGGUGCUCAGAGGAAAACCAGUUGGCACUGGAUGAGGAGAACCAGGUUCCAGUGAUGACCCGAGCUGGGGGUCCCGUACCAUCAGACCCUCUGACAGACAAAAAACCCCCUGUGGGUCCAGCCAGCAUUUACUCGUCCUCCUCUCUUGAGCAGAGCUCAACUCGACCUGUUCAGAGUCAGCCUAAGGAGCUGAAAGCUGCACAGCCAGAGAACAUGACCGCCACUCUGGGUACUGACCCUCCAAGCACAAGUGAAGCACCAACAGAGCCCCCUGGUUCAGGUCAGCCCAGGAACAAACCGGACCAGGUGGAAGACCCGACUCUCUCUGCUGCUGGCAUGAAGUCACGCCUUCAAAGGCUGGUGCAGCAGAGGAAGUGCUGGGAUGGGGAUGAUGACUCUUCUGACACAGUGCCAGACAGAACCCCCACAACCUUGUCAAAGAGACUAGUAGAAGUCCAGCCGCCUGCCAGUCUUCCCCCUUCAGAAGCUCCUGUUGGGCGGAGAGGCCGGUUGGCCAACCUGGCUGCCACCAUUGGGUCCUGGGAGGAUGACCUCAGCCACGCCCACAUUCCCAAAGGGAAUCCUGGUCCUGUUCCCAGACCUGCGGUCAGAGUAGCUGCUGUUGCUGCUGCCGGCUCCAAGCAAACUACAGCCAUGAGCAGUUCAGCUGCAGCAGCCAGCAAGUCUGCCUGCAGCAGGAACCAGGAUACUUCACAAUCUGCUGUGAAGUCCAGUAGAAUGAUUCUUCCAAGCCCUCAAAAGGCUGAAGUUUCUGCAUCUAAAACAGCCGUUCAGACUGUGCAGAGUCCCCUGAAGAACCCCAAGCAGGAAGAAGCACUCCCAUCCAGUCCACAUAAGGUGACAUCCUCUGAAGCAACAUCAGCCCCUAAGAAUCCACUAAAGACCCAGCUGUUCCCCAGGACCCCUGGCCACACCGCCAGCCCCCUAAGACCAGCUCUCCAGGAUAGAGCCACCAUGUCUCCUUCACUGGGCCACCAGGAACCCGUCUCUGCUGGAGGUCCAGGUGUGAAAUCUUUCCUGGAACGUUUUGGAGAGCGAUGCCAGCAGCACAAAGAGCAGGGCGCUCCACCCAGAGCUCCCACUCCAGCCAGGUCUGCUCCCAGUACUGCAUCAGUCACGCCAAACACCAAGCUGGUCCAGGAGAGACUCCGAGCCUCCCAGGCUGCACACACAGCCACUGCUGAGCUCACUCAGAAGCAGAAGAUGGAGCGGGAGUCUGAGCUGGCCCAGAUCCGCAACCGAUUCCAGAAAGGGAAAACUGUGUGGGAAAACAAGGACAAACAGGCAGACGAGACACACACUGACAACAAGGAUCAGCUGGUCAAACCUACUCAGAGGGAAGUUUCCUCAUGUGACCCACAGGAUGAACCCACUGCACCAUUUAGUGAGGAAGUGACGACACCCAGCCAGAGUCCUCCAGUCCGUCCUGGAAUCACACUGACGCCUCCAGUCUCGACCUCCAGCCCCAUGAGGGGGGUCAGCCAGCCUGGAGAGAAGCUAAGUGAGGAGGAGGAGGAAGUGGUCAAGGAGAGGGAGAUGAAUGUGGACCACUCCAUCAAUUCAGCUGUUAUUAAUGAGCUGUUUGACGGAAUCCUGGAGCAGAGUGAGGAUCAAGAAGAUGAGGAGGAAGAUGCUUUAAAUAUCUCCUCCAUGUCCCUGCUGACCCCUCUGGCAGAGACUGUAGCUGCUGUAGUGAAGAGUCCAGACAAAAGACUCAUGACCUCAACUCCAGCCAGCUCCUUCCUGGUGAAGAACAACACCCCAGAGAACAGCUGCAGUCCUGGAAAGUUCCAGAGAACCACCGUGGUACGGAACGACUCCUCAGACGAAGACCACAGGCUGCCUUAUAGCAUUGAUGCAUACAGAUCCAUUCGAGUGAAGGAACCAGAGAGACCUGCAGUGAAGCAGGUUAUUGUGAGAAAGGAAGAUGUUUCUAAGAGAACAGAGGAGCCCAGAGCAGCAAGUCUCUUCAGCAUGAAGCAGAGGAUGAAGAUGUUGACAAGUGAGGUGAACCUGCAGCAGACUGUGAUCCAUCAGGCCAGCCAGGCCCUCAACUGCUGCACUGAUGAAGAGCAUGGCAAAGGCUCGCAGGUGGAGGCUGAGGCAGAGAGGCUGCUGCUCCUAGCAACGGAGAAAAGAGAAGUCUUGAAGGCAGAGCUGGACCGUCUGAAAGGAGAAUCAGCAGGGCAGAAGAAAACUUGUCCUCCAGAACCAGCUGAUGUAUCUGCUUCCAAGGGCUCCAUCACCCUGCAGGAGCUCCGCCUUCCCCUUAAGGCAGACUUUGUUUGUUCCACUGCUAACAAACCUGACUCAACUAAACAUUCAUUUUUCAUCAUGAUACGCUCUGGAGCUGAGAACAUGGUGGCCACUCCGUUAGCCAGCACUCACCGCGGCCUCAGUGGAGACACACUCACCUUCCCCACCAAGUUCACCCUGUCUGAUGUCUCCAGUGACUUCAAAAUAGACUUGGAAGUCUACUGUUUGGUACAAAAACGUGAGAUCUGCAGUGAGAAGAAGAAGAAACCCAACAAAUCAAAGGCCAUCACUCCAAAGAGAUUCCUGGCCAUCACUAAAAGCGCCCAGACACCAGUGGUGGCCAGUCCUGGCGGUCCCAACGCUGUACGCACCAGUAGCUUUGUGCUGGUCGGGUCUCACACUCUCACUCUGUCCUCCAUCGGGAAAAACAAGUUUCCUCUGGAGAAGGUGCCGUUCCUGUGCCCUCUGGAGGGCCACAUCCACCUCCAGAUGCAGUGUGAAGUGGGCUGCUCCAAGGUGGAGGAGAGGAGCUUCUUGACCAUGUUUGAAGAUGUAAGUGGGUUUGGAGCGUGGCACAGAAGAUGGUGUGUUCUGUCAGGAUACUGCAUCUCUUACUGGACCUAUCCUGAUGACGAGAAGCGGAAGAAUCCUAUUGGUCACAUCAACCUGGCCAACUGCACCAGUAAGAAGGUGGAGCCAGCUAACCGAGAGUUCUGUGCCAGACCAAACACAUUUGAGCUCAUCACAGUCAGACCUCAGAGAGAGGACGACAAGGAGACGCUAGUCAGUCAGUGCAUGGACACCAUGUGUGUUACCAAAAACUGGUUGAGUGCUGACACCAAGGAUGAGAGAAAUCUGUGGAUGAAGAAGCUGAACCAGAUUCUAGUGGAUCUGAGGAUGUGGCAACCGGCCGCCUGCUACAAGCCUCUGUAACCACAGCAACCCCACCCCCACCACCCAGUCAGCCAGUUCAGCUCUCUGGGAUGUCUUAAAAAUACUUGUGUGCAAUAUAUAUAUUUAUAUAUACAUACAUAAAUAAUAAGAGAAGUGGUUUAUGCUUUAGUGUGGAUAUUUGAUGGGAGAUGACCAAUCACCUCCACUAGAUGAGGUUAUUAAAGCCAUAUGUUGGAGACAUUUCAGAACAGUGUUUUAGUUUAGGAGAUGGGCCUUUGAAUUCCAUUAUAUUCAUUACCAGCCUUGUUUUUAUUGUAUUGCUUUAUGCAGACUGUCUGCUGUACAAUGUGUUGAUCAGUACCAGCCUCCAGGGUGACUACUGACCUGAACUGCUUGACUUUCAUCACACUUUAUACUGCAUGACCGCACAAACCAACAGAAAUGCUUUUCAUACCUUUAUACUUUAUAUAUUUUCUUUUAUGACUUGUGGAAUUUAUUAAGAUGCACAGAUUUUUGAUGCAGUUUCUACACCACACUUUGUAGUUUGAAAUGACUAUUUGUGUGAAAAAUUUUGGGCGGGGUCUGUUACCAUGCUACACUGAAGAACAACCAGCACAAAUGUGAUUGGUUGAUCUUUCUAACCAUCUGACAGAUGGCCAGCUGACAUGUAGAUUCAGAAGACUACAUUCUAGGCAGGAUAUUUGACUUGUUCCCAGCUUGUUAGACUGGUAUCCAUGACGAUGUGCUCUUCCUGUUCAGUGGUUUAGCAUGUUUACUGAUUUAGCGUGUGUAGCAGACCUUUCACAGCACCUUCAGGUGCUGAUCAUGAGUUUUUGAAUAUGAUUGGAUAAAAUGUCUUUUUCACAAUGUCAACAAUGAUGACAAGUUUGUCAAUA